GAAGGCACCGUAUCAACCAUUUUACUAAAUUGCGAAAAAAUGUGGACGUAAGGAGCUCAGCGCUUUGGUGUGGAUUUUGCAUGGUUUGGAAUGAUAAAUCUCUCCGGAAUUUAGAUAAAAAAUACCCGCAUUUAACCACCGGUGUUUCAUUUGGAACAAUACUCGGAUAGGACAAUGACGAGACAAGUAACGCUCUUCAUCUUUGUCCUCACCAUCGGCUUUGUGCUCGGGCAGAUUUCUUACACUAUUCCGGAGGAAAUGGCGAAAGGGUCUUUAAUAGGAAACAUAGCUCAUGAUUUAGGUUUACAAAUUAAACGUCUAACAUCAGGUAAGGCACGAAUCUUUACCCGAGACAGUGACGAGUAUGUCGAGCUGAACAGAGAAAGAGGAGUCCUCCUUGUUAAGGAGGGAAUCGACAGAGAGACCCUGUGCAAAAAGACGACGCCUUGUGCUUUACAUUUUCAGAUUAUUUUAGAAAAUCCGAUUGAGUUUUAUAGUGUUGCAAUCCAGAUCACAGAUAUUAAUGAUAAUGCGCCAUCUUUUGAGAGAAGCGAAAAGAAAUUCAAAAUUAGUGAAUCGGCAGUGAUCGGAGCUAAAUUUGUCCUAGAAAGAGCUGUCGAUCUUGAUGUUGGCAUGAAUGAUCUCAAAAGCUACACCUUAAAUCCGACAGAGAAGUUUGCUCUGAAGCUGCACAAUAAUCCUGACGGCAAUAAAAACGUGGAGAUGGUGCUCCAGAAGCCUUUAGACAGAGAACAACAGCAAAAUAUAAAUCUGGUGUUAACAGCUGUAGAUGGAGGAGAGCCGCAGCUGUCAGGAACAAUGCUGAUUGUUAUUACAGUUUUAGAUGCUAAUGAUAAUGCUCCAGUUUUUACACAACAGACAUACAAAGCUACUGUUACUGAAAAUUCGCCUAAGGGAACAGUUGUUGUUAUAGUUAAAGCCUCAGAUGCAGACGAAGGUUCUAACAGUAAAAUAACAUAUACAAUUACGAACACUUUCGACGAUGUCAGAAAUAUAUUUGAGGUGAACGAGGGCAACGGUGAAGUGAUUUUAAUUGGAAAUACGGAUUUUGAAGAGUCAAGAAGUUAUCAGGUACAUUUACUCGCUAGUGAUGAAGGUGGACUCACAGAUUCUUGCAAACUAAUUGUCGAAGUACAAGACAAAAAUGAUAACAAACCAGAAAUAAAAAUAAUGUCAAAGUCCACUCUUAUUUCAGAGGACGUGAAGCUAAAUACAAUCGUUACAGUGAUAAGCAUCGAGGAUAAAGACUCGGGGCAAAACGGGAAUGUAAACUGUUUCAUAAAUGACGAUAUAUCUUUCCGGUUAAAAUCAUCAGAAAAUUAUUUCUUUAGUUUGGUGACAGACAGUGAAUUAGACAGAGAGAGAGCCUCUGAGUAUAACAUAACAGUGACCUGCUCCGAUGAAGGAGUCCCCUCCCUCUCCAGCAGCGUCACUCUCACCUUACAGAUCUCUGAUGUGAAUGACAACGCGCCUGUCUUUGAGAGGAGCUCAUAUGAGGCCUACAUUGUAGAAAACAACACACCAGGUCUCUCUAUAUUCACAGUGAAAGCCACAGACGCUGACUGGAACCAGAAUGCCCGUGUUUCUUACACACUGGAGGACUCCUCUGUUAACGGAGUACCAGUCUCCUCAUAUGUGUCCGUUAGUGCUGAUAGUGGAGUCAUCCAUGCAGUGCGCUCUUUUGACUACGAGCAGAUCAAAGAUUUCCAUUUCCGGAUCAAAGCGCAGGAUGGAGGCUCUCCUCCACUCUGCAGCAACGUGACUGUUAAAAUCCUGAUCCAGGAUCAGAAUGAUAACCCACCUCAGGUUCUGUACCCAGUCCAGACUGGUGGUUCUGUGGUGGCUGAAAUGGUGCCUCGUUCAGCAGAUGUGGGCUACCUGGUGACUAAAGUGGUGGCUGUUGAUGUGGACUCUGGACAGAACGCCUGGCUCUCCUAUAAACUGCAGAAAGCCACAGACAGGGCGCUGUUUGAAGUGGGCUUACAGAAUGGAGAAAUAAGAACUAUCCGUCAGGUGACUGAUAAAGAUGCUGUGAAACAGAGACUGACUGUUAUAGUGGAGGACAACGGGCAGCCCUCUCGUUCAGCUACAGUCAUUGUUAACGUGGCGGUGGCGGACAGCUUCCCUGAAGUGCUGUCGGAGUUCACUGACUUUCCACACGAUAAGGAGUACAAUGACAACCUGACUUUUUACUUAGUGUUGGCUCUGGCUGUGGUCUCCUUCCUCUUCAUCACGUGUUUAGUGGUUAUUAUAUCAGUGAAGAUCUACAGAUGGAGACAGUCCCGCAUCCUGUAUCACUCCAGCCUCCCUGUGAUUCCAUAUUAUCCUCCACGUUACUCAGACACUUUGGGAACAGGGACUCUGCCACAUGUGUACAACUACGAGGUGUGCAGGACGACUGACUCCAGAAAGAGCGACAAUAAGUUCGGAGGAGCUGGUAGUCAGAACGUGUUGAUAAUGGAUCCCAGUUCUACAGGGACGAUGCAGCGAAUACAGAGUGAGAAGAACAUCCUGGAUGAACCUGACUCUCCUCUAGAGGUUAGAUGACUUAAGGUUUUGUUU